UCACGGGAACGCUGAUAGGCGGUAGUUGGGAAUGCGUUCUCACUGACGUUCGCUUCCGUCGGGAACACGCCUUGACAUAGCACCACGGCCUAAGCAGGAAAGGAACCACACGGGACUCACAGCAUUUAAUAAAAAUGUUGACAGUAAUCGAUGAUCUGGAUGGAUUUAAUAAGGCCUUGAAGGAUGCUGGUGACAAGCUGGUUGUGGUGGACUUCACCGCUACAUGGUGUGGGCCCUGUCAGAUGAUUGGCCCUCAAUUUAAAGCUCAUUCGGAGAACCCAGACUUCAGCUGCGUUGUGUUUCUGAAGGUGGAUGUGGACGAUGCUCAGGAUGUUUCCGAAGAGUGUGGUAUUAAAAGCAUGCCAACAUUCCACUUCUACAAAAAUGGGAAAAAGAUUGAUGAAUUCUCUGGUUGCAGCCCAACGACACUGGAGGAGAAACUGAAAGCUCAUAAAUGAGUCUUCCCUUCAUCUUUGAAUGAAAUUCCAUUGUGUGAAUUAAAUCAUAUGGUCAAAUUAAUUGUCAUAUUCCCUUUGAAGUAUAAUGAGCUGGCAUUAAACAUAGAAGUUUUUUUUCCUUUUAAUAUUUUCUUUGUCUUGAUUGAACCUUUUCCACUUGGCCCCUGUGACAGUAUAUCAGGUUUCCAAUAAAUUAUGAUGUAUCAAUAGAAAUCUUGCAAAUAA